AAAAAUAUUAUUAAACUUUCAUGCAAACACCUUAAAAUGAAAGCGAAAUUGGAAACACGGAGCAAGCUUUCUCUGCAGCAAUUAAUGGCAUCACCUACUUUAAUUACAAAUAAAUAAAGUUUCUGAAUUCAGCUUUUGGCUUUAAUUUUUGGUCCAGACUUAUGACAUAAACACAACGAACUGCCCAUCCGUUGUCGCCAAAACACAAGAUACAAAACACAAGUCCGGUCGUCGCCAAUUUCUCAUGUCUCAAACUGAAACUGAUGUCCAUUCCAAGCGCCAACAUCGGACUCAACAAAAAACUGACGAUAAGCGGCCGCCUUUACUUCCCGGACUUCCCGAUCAAAUCGCUCAGAUUUGCCUCUCCAGAAUCCACCCUUCUAUUCUCUUCAACAUCUCCCGUUCUUGGAGACGGUUGAUUUACUCCCCUUCUUUCCCUCCUUUUCUUGCAUUAUAUUCUCUUUUCUCUUCCAAAUCUGAUAAAAUUCUUCAUUUUUACUCGUUCGAUCCCAUUUCUUCCUCCUGGGAAGCUCUUCCUCCUCCGCCGUCCAAUCCUCCGAUCCACCUCCUCCUCCAUCACCCUUCUUUUUUAUCCCGGAAGCUUCCGAUUCAGUCCGUUUCCGUUUCCGGAAAGCUCGUACUUCUCGCUGCUACUACUCAUAAUUUUAACCCCGCCCUCACGCGUCCUCUCUUGUUCAAUCCCAUCCACCGGAACUGGGUUUUUGGGCCCCCGCUCCUGACCCCACGCCGCUGGUGCGUUGCCGGCUCGCUCCGCAACGUUGUCUACGUGGCGAGCGGCAUCGGAUCUCAUUUCUCGACCGACGUGGCGAGGUCGGUCGAGAAGUGGGAUCUGUGGAAAACCAAUAAUAAUAAUACUUAUUAUCACAAUGGUGACGUGGGGAGCUGGGAGAAGAUGAAGGGGCUUAAAGAUGGAAGAUUUUGCAGAGACGCCAUCGAUGCCGUGGGGUGGAGAGGGAAGCUAUGUAUGGUAAAUGUGAAAGGGUACGGCGCCAAGGAAGGAGUAGUUUAUGACGUUGAUGGGGACACGUGGCGGGAGAUGCCGGAGGGGAUGAUUAAAGGUUGGAGGGGUCCGGUGGCGGCCGUGGACGAGGAGGCGAUGUUUAUGGUGGAUGAGAGAAACGGCGCAUUGAGAAAGUAUGAUGAAGGGAAGGAUGAUUGGAUUGAGAUAAUUCAAUCCAAUAUGCUCGUCGAAGCUCAACAGAUUACCGGUGGCGGUGGGAGAGUUUGUGUUGUUGAUAGGGAGGGUGGAAUUGUGGUGGUGGAUGUGGUGGCAGCACCGCCGCGGAUGUGGGUGGUGGAUACACCGAAUGGGUUCCUAGCUUUAACGGUUCAUAUCCUCCCUCGGAUGAGCCAGCCGGUUACAAGCAAGUCUUGAUUGAUUUUAUUUUAUUUUUUUCCCGCAAUUUUUUAUGAAAUUGUUGAAAAUUUCUUGUAAGAGAUCAUAAUAUACACAGAUUUAAAUUAUUAA